AUGCGUAUGGAUUUGAAUGCUGAGUUUAUCACUCCCCACAUUUUUAGCUGCUGCCAAGAAGGCGACCGGCAAGAAACCCAACCACCCCUAGCUCAACACUUCCCAAGCCUCCCACGCCCUGUAACCAGAAAGUGGGCCAUCUGCUCAUGGAUUUGUAUAUCUGCCCUGACACCACCACCUCAAGUACUUCCAAGUACGGAAGCUCUUGAGAACACCCAAAAUCCAACAGACAUUGGUGUAUAUGGGAAGGCAGAUUUUGAUCCUUUGGACCAUCAGAUCAUUGCUGAACUGGCACAUGCCCACAAACUCGAACAUGAAUACCAACAGUUUAAAUAA